GCCACCAGUGCGCCCCCUAGCAUCCGCCCGGCCCUCCCCCGUGUCUCCCACCCUCAGGCAGCAGAUCCUAACCGGUAAUUACAUUGAUCUCACUCAACUCAUUCACCCUACAUCAAUUAAUCCUCACAUCCCUAGGGAACUGCUCACCUCAUUCGGCCCCUCGGAACUUAAACAGCCACUUCCUGCUCGCUCCAAGGACCUCACAGUCGCCGAGUUCGCUUUUGCGUUCUCAUUGUAUAGAGACAUAAUUUGUUCAGCCUUCCCCGACCGCAGGUCCGAGCUCGAUGAUUACUUGUCAUUAAUUCUUGACCUGGCCUUGCGUUUCGGCGGCAACGGUUUCUAUACCUAUCAUAUCCUCUUCGCCUCCCAAGCCGCCGGUCGCCUCCAACAGUUCAACCAGGGCACGUACUGGGGAACAUUGGACCACGAGCUAUACUGCCAAGUUUUCGCAGCUCGCGCUUCUCUGCACUGCGAAAUGUGCGGCGCCCCUUCCCAUCCCGCCGCAGCAUGCACCCUCUCCGCCCCCCUGCCCCGCGCCUCGGUAACAGACAAGCGAAGCCCAGCCAUGCCACACUACUUGCCUUCGGUGGCUCCCCCACCAUCCAUCACCCCCAAACCUGCCUUAGAUCACCCGUCCAUCCUCGGCCCCCUCCCCAAAGGCACGGACAGGAGAGGGAGACCUGUCCUCUACCAGGGAGGACGGAUGAUCUGCAAUAACUUCAACGACCUCAGUUGCAGCUCCUUCAGCUGCAAAUUCCUCCACACUUGUUCAUUCUGCGGGGGAGCCCACGCCAGAGCCACAUGCCCACACAACCCGACAAAGCAACAGCUGUAGUCAGCCCAAUCGGAGUGGCAACCAGGAAGUACUCUGGGAAAAAGAGGCUCAUCAUCGACCUCUCGUCCCCCCACGGUUCCACUGUUCCAAGCAUUAACAGCCUGAUUCCCAGCCUGGACUUUUCCAUGCAAUACGCCACUAUAGACCACGCCAUUUCCCUCAUCCGACUCGCGGGCCAGGGAGCAUGGUUGUCCAAGGCGGACAUCACAAGCGCUUUCAAAGUCCUCCCCAUCCACCCCGACUACUGGCACCUCUUCGGGGUCUCCUGGAAGGGCGCAUACUAUUUUGCCGUGCGUCUAACCUUCGGCUGCAAGAGCAGCCCAAAAAUUUUCGACUCAUUGUCCGAAGCCCUCUGCUGGAUUCUUUCCAACAAUUAUAAACUCCCAUACGUCAUCCACCUACUUGACGACUUCCUCACGGUCACGCCACCGUCUUCGCCCCCGUCAUACGGUCUCACCACAAUGAUUUCCGCAUUCACUGAUCUCGGCGUUCCCCUGUCUCCAGAGAAAACAGAAGGCCCAAGCACAUCCUUGGAAUUCCUCGGCAUCACCCUCAACUCCAUUACACUCCAAGCAUCUCUGCCUACUGAGAAACUCCACCGCAUUUCUCUACUCAUUCAAAACUUUCUCAUGGCCAACACAUGCACCAAACGUCAAUUACUCUCUCUGCUGGGCCAUUUCAACUACGCCACCCGCAUCAUCCCUCAGGGCCGAUCUUUCUUGUCACACCUUCUCUCCAUAGCCACCGCCGUCCCAUCCAUCCACGACCACGUCACGCUAGACAGCGCGUGCAAGAUGGAACUAAAAAUGUGGCACCAGUUCCUCUCUUCCUGGAACGGCAUCUCCUUCUUUUACGACGUCCACGUUACAGACGCCAAUGACAUCCAGCUAUACACCGACGCCGCCCCUUCAGUCGGCUUCGGUGGUUACUACGGUGGCAGAUGGUUCUCUGCCGAAUGGCCACCCGACUUCUCUUCCCUGGCCCCUUCCUCCACCAUUUCAGAAAUGUACCCGAUUGUCAUCGCUGCCAUUCUUUGGGGGCAUGAAUGGUCCAAAAAGACCAUCGCCAUCCACUCUGACAACAGCGCCGUCGUCGACAUCCUCAACAAAGGCCGGUCACACAAUCUGGACAUCAUGCAGUUCGUGCGCAAGCUCACAUUGGUUUCAGCCCAGCACCAGUUCAUCAUCCGUGCACUCCACAUUCCAGGCCACAAAAACGCAAUCGCCGAUUCACUCUCUCGUUUCAUGUUUCAGAAAUUCAGACAACUAGCUCCAGCCUCCAACCCUCUUCCAACUCCAGUCCCACCGUUUUCAGCCACAAUCUACAACUGAACCCGCUACUGGAACAACUGGUCACCAAUUCACGGGACAACAUCAUCAACAGCAUCACCCCUUGAACACUAUCUCCAUACUUCACCGGCUGGAAUUCCUUUAAAACCUUUCACGUCUCCCACGAACUCCCAUUCCCUUCACCGGACAUUCUUACCCUCUCCUGCUUCAUUACAUUCUCUCACACUCAACUCAAGAUCAAGUCUUCCACCAUACAGACCUACCUCAGCGGAAUCAAUUCCCGGAUUCCCGGAGCACCAUGCCCAGCCUCGUCCCACUCUCAUACCUACAUCCAUCACGACCCGGAUAACGUUAAGAAAUCUCAUUCUCGCCUCUCUGGUUGAAGUCUCUUUGGGGGCCUCGUACAGAUGCCAGAUCAUCGAGACAGCACCCCCACCCUGAGUCUCAACCCCUGUUCCCACUUACCUCCCCGACGUCGACGCAUCUCCUCCUUUCAUCUAUCACUCUCCUAUCCACUCCCUCCUUCCCCUCUUUCCUGCCUGCUCUU